UAUCCAUCUAUAUACCAACAUUAUCAUCUUCCCCUCACAAUUCACCAACCAGAACUCCCAAACACCCACAGCAGUGCUGCAAAUCCAAUCCUCAUGGCCUCCACUUUGUUCUCGACACCCACCUUCCAAGGUCUCAGACCCCUCAACAAGCCCACUGACUCCACCCUCUCUCUCACCAAACCCUCCUCCGCCAAAUUCAGCUCACCCAUCUCCAAGAAAAGGUUCAAUUGUGGUGUAAAAGCCCAGCUCAACCCAUCACUGGUGAUAAGCUUGAGCACAGGGCUGUCCCUGUUCUUGGGGAGGUUUGUGUUCUUCGACUUCCAGAGAGAGAAUGUGGCCAAACAGGUGCCGGAGCAGAACGGAGUGACCCACUUCGAGGCCGGCGACACUCGGGCCAAGGAGUAUGUGAGCCUUCUCAAGUCCAAUGACCCAGUGGGUUUCAACAUUGUGGAUGUGCUUGCUUGGGGCUCCAUUGGCCACAUAGUGGCUUACUACAUACUUGCAACCUCCAGCAAUGGCUAUGACCCCAAAUUCUUUGGCUGAAUGUGUUGUAGCUGUGUAUAGUUGGGGCAGCUCUAAAACUCUUUUUUUUUUUUUUUCAA